UCUGCUCCGGUACCCAGCGCGAUGUCGUUCCCUCUCCAGGAGUACAUUGCGUCCCUGGACAGCGCUUGUCUCCCAAAAAUCCUACAAGUCUGCUCUGGGGUCUACUUCCAAGGGUCUGUCUAUGAGAUUUCUGGAAAUGAAGUAAGCUUCUCCACCGGCGACAUCAUCAAGGUCACCGGCAUGGAACUCUCAUCCAUCUGCUGCGAGGAUGUCAGCAACAACGAGACGUUUGAGCUACCCGUUGAUCAUACAGGCUUGAUGAAGGUGAUCCCAGAGGAGACUCCGUACAGCACGGUGGAGGAGCUUGUCAAGCUGAGACCCGUGAGCCUCGAUUCCUGCUUCCCAGUCACCUUUACGAGCAACACCAAGCUGACAUUGGACAAUGUCACAUUGGGUGCUGGCGCCACUUUGACCGUGCUAUCAGUGUUGGAAAAUGAAGACCGGUGCCGCUGCCACGUCCGGCCUGGACCGGGCCAGUCCUCGGCUGAGGUCAACGUGCCGUUGGGGACGCGUGGCGAGUUCUACAUCCAUGGGAGCGAGGAAAGCUUCACCCCCAGGGAGAUUGCAACGUCGCCGCACCUACGUAGCCAACGCUUUCGCUUCGAGAAUGCCACCAUGUGCAAGCGCACAUUCAUCCUUAGCCCCAUUUACCAGAUCUCCGCCAUCAUGAACCUAAGGAAGAAUGUGUUGCAAUUCCCGUCCAGUUUGGAGAUGGAUGUGAUUGACAUCUCAGACACGUGCGAAGACACCAGUUUUGUGACCCCACUCAGCCUGCUGGAAGUUCAUUCCCAACCGGAGCAAACAUUCCCCGUGGUUGUGGAGGUCCUGGAGGAUCCCGAGAUGAACACAAUGUUUAAGUGCAGUUGGCUAUCGCAGCUCCACAGGGGAACGAUGUUGAUUUUUCACCAAAAGUCAACCUCUUCAAUGACCGUGAUAUCCAGCUUGAAGAGCCGCAAACCGCAGCAGUAUUUUCUGGUCUCCAAGCAGUACGCGGGCCGCUUCCGUAGGCGUCCCAGGGGGUUCGAUUCUGUGUACGAGCUCUACGUGGCCUCCACGCAAACACCAGGCUUGAAGGUGUCCGUUGUAAGGAACAGCGAGGAAGUGGAGGAGGAAGGUCUUCCCGGGCUUACCGUCGGCGAGCGACUGGAGGUCAUCGGAUGCCGAAAAGUCCAACUCCCGUGCGGCCACGUGGAAGUAGUAGUUUGUCAACAUCUCCAAGACAUGGACGAUGACAGAGAUGAUGAUGAUGAUCAAGAUGGCGAAGAGAACAACGAGGACCUCAUUUACCUUCCUUUGUAUAUGCAAGGCCAAUUUGUGGAGCUACUCAGUGACAACAAGAAAUACACACUAGAAGACCUUAGCCAAAAGACGCUUCUGGAUGUGAAAGCGGUGACUCGGGACCCCGAGCUGGAGAAAGACCCACUUCUCGGGUUUACAUGUCUCCGAAUAGAAGGGACAACGCUAGAACCCACCAUCCAGGCCAGCUUCCUGGACAUGCCUGACCGCUGCUUCGAGAUCCCGGUUCAAAGGCUCGGCCUUACCGUGUGCUGUACCCAACAGCCUCUACCGUGGUCUCCAAACCAGCCCCCUAAAUGCAGCGUGGACCGCGUAACAGAGGUUACGGACAGGUUCUUACACGAAUUUCAAAAAGAGGCUGCUCCCAUCACAGACCCUCCUCCUAGACCUCCGAAAAGGAUCCCAUCCGUGCCAGUAGUAAGCAAAAGCGUUCCUACCAAAGAGUUUAAUAACAUUAAGAUGCAGAACAGAAGGAGCUCCUCACCACUGCCGGCUACUACAAAUGUCAGCCAUCAACCACCGCCGCCACCACGCAAGUUGCCAGUCAUUCAGGUCUCAGAAAAGAGGUCCACACCCAACACCUAUGUAGGACUAAAGGGUACAAUUAAAGGGCCAGUCCGCAAGGAGGUGUCGGAAAGCGACGACGCCGAGUAUGAGCAAGUUGAUGAAAUGUUGUUAGAAAUGUUGAAGAAUGCACAAGAGACCGUCUCAUACUAUUAGACAGUCGCGGCUUAUAAUACAAAAUCAUUCAGCUGUUUCUUGAUUUAAAACAUAGGGUAAAAUAAAUAAAAUGGAAAGUUGUUUUGCCACAAGGGGCGGUAUUAUCCACACAAAACAAAAUGUACAACGUGCGAAAAAAAAAAAAACAAGAAUCACAAGCUGAAAAUACUUUAUUUGAGAAGACAAAUUACCUGUGUCUAAAAAGAAUUUUUUUUUUUUUUUACAAUUAUCAAAAAGCACCUUCAACAAAAUCCAUCUAAACAACGAUGCCUACAUGCCAUAGUCAGUUGACUUGUAGUGGUCUUCGUCGAUGGUGGAGAAGACAUGACCUUCGUUGCCGAGGAAUUCCAACACUUGCCUGCGGGGCGGUGAUAAAAAGCAUUCUUGUAAGGGGCGUCGCGUGGCAUGGGGUAUUACAUUCUGACGGUAUGGAAAAACUUUGACAAAAAUGUCACGGUAUCAAAAUUAAACCAUGUUGGUGAUCCCUUCUGUAAAUAAUUAAGCUGUGCAUAAUGCUUUGCAAAAUAAAUUUUGGGAUGUGUAAAACAAAGAAACAAGGGUUUAUGCCUUUAAUAACAUUUAUAUUGGCUUGCUAAGAUUGCACUUUCAAAAGUUCAUUAAAAUGUGCAAACAAAGUAGAAUACCUGAGUAUUUCUUCAAAUGCAGAAUUAAAACUAUUAAAACUAAAUUAAAACACCUGAGCCUAGCCUCAGACGGUAUAAAAUAAAUAAAUGAGGAUCUAAGUACAACAAAAGAACAAUUGACUAACUUGCAUAGCCAAAUCCGCUAGCUUAAAUGCUAUAAAAUGUGACACCCCCCCCACCCCCCCAAACCUGUUAACAAAUCUUUCAAACACAUAUUCCCACAAAAUACUGCUAAAUAUACUGUGGGGCAAAUAAGUAU